GGAUCUGGAUAGCGUUCUGCAGCGCGUAAAGAGCUUCCCUGGAGUUGUGGGACACGUUAUUGUCGACUCUGGAAGGAAUGUGGUACACACUUCUCUUGAGAAGGAGGAGGCGAUUUCUCUUGCAGCAGUGACGAUUAAGGAAUUCAAUAUCUUUAUUGGAAUGAUUAUGUAGUUGAUUGAAGUGGGAAAUGAAACCAUUCAAGAACUUGGGGAUACUGACGCAGAUUUCAUCCGUAUUCGCUCAAAGAAGCGAGAUAUUCUUAUUGUCCCUGGUACGAUGCGUAAAUCGACUAUUAUCAAGGUGCAACCUACUCAUUUGCGAUUCUCCGCGAUUCGAACACAACCAGUAAUUAGUU